UAAGGGGGCAAUCACACCGUAAAGCUUUGGUGACCCCUAGUGAGGGUUGGAAUCUCAAGGUCGGAAAUCAGUGGUUUAUAGUACAAAUUUGUGCCAAUUGAGCCUGAAGUAAAAGUAAAGUUGUCUGUGGCCACAGUACAGAUGUUUAAAUGCUGUCAGAUCAGCAGUUUUUAGGAGAAUUUGUUUCUCCCACAGGCUGAUCCAGUCGGCUAUUGAUGGUUACAACGUCUGCAUCUUUGCAUACGGCCAGACGGGCACAGGGAAGACCUUCACCAUGGUGGGGGACAAGGAGCAGAAGAACCCCGGGAUCAUGCCGAGAUCUUUUAAUGCUAUUUUUGAUAUCAUACGGGAGAGCAGCUCCAAAUUCGACUUUAAGGUUUCGGCCUAUAUGCUGGAGCUGUACAACGACAGGCUGCAGGACCUCUUUGUGAGCCCGGCCGGUGAGGCCCAUGCGCAGCCCCAGUCUCAUGGCCAGGCCAGGCGGGUGGAGAUCAAGAGGAACAGAAAGGGGGUUGUGUUCGCCCAAGGAGCAGAGACAAAGGAGGCUUCCAGUGCUCAGGAGCUCUACGCUCUGUUCCAGCAGGCCUGCGCCAACCGACACAUCUCUGCCACCAAGAUGAAUGUGGAGAGUUCGCGCUCCCAUCUCAUUGUCUGCAUCAUGGUGGAGAGCAGGAAUCUGACCAACGGCAGCGUGAGCACUGGGAAGCUGAGCCUCGUGGACCUGGCAGGCAGUGAGAGGGCAGCCAAGACUGGAGCCAAGGACCACCAGCUGAAGGAGGCCAACUCCAUUAACAAGUCUCUGAGUGCUCUGGGUGAUGUGAUCUCAGCAUUGUCAGCUGACCUACCCCAUGUACCGUACAGGAACAGCAAACUGACACAGGUGAUGCAGGACUCUCUAGGUGGAAAUGCUAAAACCCUCAUGAUCGUCAACAUCUCCCCUUCAGAAUCCAACCUCGAUGAGACGCUCACAUCUCUCAUUUAUGCAACAAGAGUGAAGGCCAUAACCAACAAUGCUCAGAGGAAUGUGGAGAGCAAAGAGAUUGCACAGCUGAAAGAGGUAAUCGUGAAGCUGAGGUCAGGACAGACAGUGGAGGAGGAGGACAUCUGAACUAAGGAUUACCUCAGAGUUCAUCGUUCAGGAGGUUUUAACCGGAAGCCAAGUUAUCCACAGGGUUCUCCUCAUCUGCAAACAAACAGACCCUGUGAUUAAAAAUAGUAAAACCAAUGAAUAAAGUAGUUUUAUCUUAAGGGUCACUGUUUCUCUGGUUGCUUUUGACGGACAAAGGGCGUCCUGGAGGCCAUUUUUCCCCCUACGUUGGUUAAAGCAUAAAA